ACCCGCGACACCAUGAGCCAUCACAGCAACUACUAUGGAGGCCUGGGCUACGGCUACGGAGGCUUUGGGGGCCCGGGCUAUGGUUGUGGCUGGGGAUAUGGAAGUUUCCCUGGACUGGGCUGUGGCUGGAGCUGGAGAAGCCACAGAUAUGGCUGCUGCCUCCCACUGUGUUAUGGAGGAUAUGGGUUCUCUGGCUUCUACUAAACGACUGUGCCAGUAAACCAACACCUGAAAUUAUAAGGGACUUCCCCAAAUUGAUGUUCAGUAUAUGAACUUCCAAUAUCA